CUUGUGUACUUGCUCUUCCAGGCCUGUCAUGGCAGAAGGAUACGGAGGUUACGGGGGUCAAAGGGGAGGUCACGGUCGCCGAGGUCGGGGCGGCCAUCGCGGCUGGAGAGGUCAAGGGCAGUCCAGGUCACACUGGUCAGGCGGUGGGGAAGAUCAGAGGAGCUUUUCAUCAGGUUCAGGAGGGUAUGGAGGCCGGGGCAGGGGAGGGGGGCGUGGCGGGAGGAGGGGGCAUCCCUCCGGUCUGAGGGGGAAGGACAUCGGGCUGUUCUACGCCAGGAAAAGCAAGGACAGGGAGAAGAGAGAGCGGUCAGUGGUUCAGAUGGACCAGAGUCAGGAACAGCACCUGUCCCAGCUGUUAACUCACCUGCGCCGGGACGACACACCUGCGGACAGGUGGAGGGAUGACACACCUGCCGAUAGGUGGAGGGAUGACAAUGCGCCACGCCCACAGCCGGCUGGAACCGGUCAGGACUGGUUUGAACAGGAUGAUGCAGACAGCUCAGGUUCAGGGUCCUCUUCACAAAGACUUGACAGCAGCAGUCAGAACUCUUCAAGUGUCCCACCAGCUGGUAGGAACACCUCCGGUGGUGAGAAGGAGUCUUGGGCUGAACCCGAGACGUCUUGGGCUGACUCUGAGACGUCUUGGAAUGACCCUAAGGAGCUGUGUGCGGGUCCUGCUGCUGUUCUGCCGGUACAGACCAGGGAUGAGGCGCUGGACUCACGGCUGAAGUCAGAGCUAGACCAGAUCAGGAGCAGCAACAACCAGUACAGGAGGAUGCAGGAAUUCCGUGAAAAGCUGCCAUCCUACAACAUGAGACAGGAACUUCUGGAGCUGAUCCACAAGAACCAGGUGGUGGUCAUCAGUGGGGAGACGGGAUGUGGGAAAACUACUCAGGUGUCUCAGUUCAUCUUGGAUGACAUGAUUGACAGAGGUCAGGGGUCACUGUGUCAUGUGAUCUGUACCCAGCCCAGGAGAAUAAGUGCUGUUGGGGUGGCAGACAGAGUAGCAUCUGAGAGAGGAGAGAGAUGUGGGGAGGGGGGCAGCACAGGGUACUCCAUACGGCUGGAAAACAAACUGCCACGCCCCAAAGGCUCCAUCCUCUACUGCACCACGGGCAUCAUCCUCAAGAGACUGCUGUCUGAUCCGUACCUCGGAGGAGUGUCCCACCUGAUCCUAGAUGAGGUCCAUGAGAGAGACCUGCUGUCAGACUUCCUCACCAUCAUAGUCAGGGAUCUGUUGCAAAACAGACCUGACUUAAAGCUGGUCUUGAUGAGUGCCACCCUGAAUGCAGACCAGUUCUCAGCUUACUUUGGAAACUCCCCAAUGGCCAACAUCCCUGGCUUCACCUUCCCUGUGGAGGACUUAUACUUGGAAGAUGUCUUAGAACUCACCAGAUAUGACCCGCCUGAAGCCCAGACCAAGCCCCAGCGCAGAGUCUACGGCAGGAAGAGACGGGAGGAGAUGGAAGAAAGGAUGGAGAGAGAGGAGGAGGAAAAACAGGAGCUGAGGGAAUAUCUACAAACCAUAUCCAAAAGAUAUUCCUGGAGUACCCUUGAUUCUCUGGAGAGAAUGGAUCAUCAGAACCUGGACCUGAACUUGACCAUGGAGCUCAUCAAGUACAUUGCCUACAACAAACCUGAUGGAGCUAUCCUGGUGUUCCUGCCUGGCUGGGACCAGAUCAGUAAGGUCAACGACAUGCUGGGGUCACAAGGCAUGGCCAAAUCAGGAAAGUUCAGGAUCAUUCCCCUUCACUCCAUGAUGCCGACUGUCAAUCAAACUCAGGUAUUUGAAAGGCCCCCACAGGGAGUGAGGAAAAUUGUUUUAGCCACAAACAUUGCUGAAACAAGUAUAACCAUAGAUGAUGUAGUGUAUGUUGUGGACUGUGGACAAGUGAAGGAGAAGAGUUUUGACAUCACCAACAACCUGGCCACCUUACAGCCAGUCUGGAUCAGUAAGGCUUCAGCUAAACAGAGAAGGGGCAGAGCUGGCAGGGUGCAACCAGGUGUGUGUUUCCACCUGUUCUCUCAGCUGAAGGAGUCUAAGAUGCAGGAGUACCAGCUACCUGAGAUUCUCAGGACUCCUCUGGAGGAGCUCUGUCUGCAGAUUAAGGUGUGUUUGUUUGUUUGUUUGUUUGUUUGUUUGUUUGUGGAGUCUAAGAUGCAGGAGUACCAGCUACCUGAGAUCCUCAGGACACCUGGAGGAGCUCUGUCUGCAGAUUAAGGUUUGUUUGUUUGUUUGUUUGU